AAAGAACUGGAAAUCCCAAAGUUUAAUAUUCAUCCAAAGCACGUGCCUGAUAAUUAUGAUUUUUUUUGUCUUGCAAGAAAAUAGUGCCAUUAAACACAUAAUUGACCCAUGUCUCACAGGUAGGUGUAAGUGUUCAUUGAUGUGAAAGAAUAAAAUUUUGAGAAGCACUUUUAGAGGCAUUUGCCCUUCUAAAAGCACAGAAAAAAAAAUCAUUUAAUUGAAAAACUGCAAAAACAGCAGAAUGGCCAAGAAGUUUGGUCUUGCUGGAGGGAAUUCUUCUUCAGGGGGUUUUAUCCACGUCUAUGCUGCGUGUCGAGGAGUGAGUGUAAUAUGUGUGAGGCAGAAAGCACAGCGGUUCAACACAAUACUUUUAGUCAUUCUCGAUCACUUGAUCGCUUCGGAACUCUCUCCUCUGUUCGUCUUCAUCGAGUCUGGUUUUACUAAUUCGUGGCCACGACGGGGUUUUGCGAGGAGAAAUAAAAAAAAAACUCAACCAUUGAAUGUCGUGGGGAAUUUUUUAUGUGUAAUACAAAACUUUGGAGGUGAUCGUCUGUGAGCAAAUAUUUAGGUGUGAUGUUCCUGGUGAAGUUUUUGGUGCUUCUGUCCAGCGUGGGACUGGCGCAUUUUGCACCAUUCCAAGAGGGCAACUAUGAGAUCAUCAUCCUCCACAAUAACGACAUGCACGCGCGCUUUGACCAAACCAAUGCUGGGAGCAACACGUGCCGGCAACAGGAGGAGCUGGAUUCCAAAUGCUACGGAGGUUUUGCGAGAGUUUCCACAAUAGUGAAGAAGUACCGAAGUGAGAACAACAACGUCCUGUUCCUCAAUGCGGGUGACACGUACACAGGAACCCCGUGGUUUACCCUGUACAAGGAUACCAUUGCCACGGAGAUGAUGAAUAUCCUCCAUCCGGAUGCAAUUUCCCUAGGAAAUCAUGAAUUCGACAAUGGCGUCGAUGGGCUCGUACCAUUCCUCAAUCAUGUCACAUUUCCCGUUUUAGCGGCCAACUUGGAUCUCUCAAAAGAGCCCACAAUGGCCAAUGCGACCUCCCUGAAACCCUCAAUGGUAUUCACAGUGGCUGGGCAUAGGAUUGGCAUCAUUGGCUACCUCACGCCCGAUACAAAAUUCCUUUCAGCCGCCACGAAUGUUGAGUACCUCCCUGAGAUUAGCGCCAUCAACGAGGAAGCUCAGCGGAUGCGACGGGAAGACAAUGUGGGCAUUAUCAUUGCUCUGGGGCAUUCGGGAUUGGCAAAAGAUCGCGAAAUUGCGAGGAAUUGCCCCGAAGUGGACAUUGUUAUUGGAGGGCAUUCGCACACAUUUCUCUAUUCAGGUGAUCAACCCGAUCGCGAAAUCCCCGAAGAUGUCUAUCCGGUCGUCGUGACGCAGCCCAGUGGAAAGGAAGUGCCCGUUGUUCAAGCAUACGCCUACACGAAGUACCUGGGGUACCUCAAAAUAAUGAUCAACAGCACCGGAAGUAUUGUAGACUGGGACGGGCAACCUAUUCUCCUGAAUUCUUCCAUUGCGCAGGAUCCGGACGUCCUGGCAGCACUGCAGAAGUACCGAGCUGGCGUGGAGGAGUACGGAAGUCGCGUUGUUGGCAUUUCUCGGGUAUAUCUCGAUGGGCAUUCCUCGUCGUGUCGCUUCCGGGAAUGCAAUAUGGGUAAUCUCAUCACGGACGCCUUUGUGUACGGGAAUGCAAUCCUUACGCCAAUGAGUGAGACAGCCUGGACGGAUGCGAGUGUUGCACUGUAUCAGGGUGGUGGGAUUCGUGCUCCGAUUGAUCCUCGUGCCGCCGCAGGGAACGUCACACGCCUGGAGCUGGACAAUGUUCUUCCAUUUGGGAAUACGCUGUACGUUGUGGAAGUUCCUGGAAGGGUACUACGGGAAGCAUUGGAACAUUCAGUCCAUCGAUACUCCAACAGUACAGGAUGGGGGGAAUUUUUGCAGGUUUCAGGACUUCAGGUGGUGUUCAAUGUAGCGAAUGAUGUGGGAGAGCGUGUGGAGUCGGUUAGAGUUCUCUGCAACGAAUGCUCCCAUCCAGACUACAGACCACUGAAUGAUGAGCAAAACUACAACGUUAUCAUGACUAACUUCUUCAAGGAUGGAGGAGAUGGGUAUGACAUGUUCAAACCACUGAAGAUCAUCAAAACCUUCCAGCAGAGUGAUAUUGAGAUUGUGGACACGUACAUUGAGAGGAUGAGCCCCAUUUUCCCCGCUGUCGAGUGGAGGAUCACCGUUCUUGGAGAAGCAGGUAGUGGAGGAGGAACAGCUUCUUCGGCAACUCUUUCCGGAGUUCUCCUAAUUACAAUGCUAGUCAUUCAUAUCACCUCAAAGAUGAUCUCCAGUUGAUCCUGUUACUGACAUUCAUCCCCAAAGUCCCUUUUUGGCCAAAAAAUGUAUUUUUUCACGUCUUUGUGAAUGUAAAUAAAUUUUAUCCAAAAA